UUUAAAUCGUCGUAUGCGUUGUCAGCAAACAUGUCUUCGAUGGAUGGUGAUCGUGGUGAUUUUGAUGAUGAUCAUGAUAGAGAUGAAGGCUUUCCGGACGAAGACCCUCCGUUUCAGUCAGAAAAUAACUUUUCGGAUGAUGGGCGGUAUCAAGAUGACAUGCGGUUUCCGGAUGAUCGUUAUCCAGAUGAUUCCCCUGUGCAUAAACAUGAUGAUCGUUACCCAGGUCCCGGACCUCGCCACAUGAGAAUGAUGAGGCCUCAAUUUCGUCCAAGAUUCCAGGGUGGCUACAGGGGGCACCCACGGAUGCAAAUGCAUGGUGGCGGUCGAGGGAAUUUUAUGCGAUCAGGAAUGGGUCCACAUCGUGGUCCUCAAUAUGAUGGAUACGGUCACCCAAUGGGUAUGAACCGAGGAUACCCACCAAGAUUUAGUCCACAGUAUCCUGGACGUUUUCAAGGUAUGAACGAGGACCAAAUGGAUGAGCAGAUGGACGAAACGCAUCCUUCUGGUGACAUGAACUACCCAGGUCACGGGGAUAUGUCAAUGCCCCCCAAUUCGUAUUCUAAUAUGCAGCACAUGCGCAUGCGCGGUCCACCACCUCAAUUCAUGCCUCCCAACAAACAGAUGCCUCCUGACCAUCAACAACCAGGCGCUAUCCCUCCAGCGGGUUCGGGCGGGCACCAGCCUUAUGGUACAAACGCUUCAUUCAAUAAUCCACCUGGGUCCCAUUAUGGUGGACCACAAGCACCUUAUGGUGGACCUGGAGCUCCUUAUUCCGGAAACCAGAACAACCAGCCUUUCGGGGCCCCACCAUUCAAUGGCCCUCCUGUGUCUCAGUUCGGCGGUCCCCCUUAUAAUGGUCCUCCAGUGUCUCAGAUGGGUGAUCCUGGUUCAAACCUACCGUCGGGUCAGCAGUUUGCUCCACCCACUAGGCCAUUUGGAGCACCUCCUGCCGGCCCCUUCCCUGUUCCUCCAACCGCCCCUUAUGGCGGCCCUGGAUCUAAUUCGCAACCUGCUGGGUCUUACAAUGGCCCUUCACAAUUUGCUGGGACACCAACUGGACCUCAAAAUGCUUCGUCCCAAGGCACCCCUUCAAAUGUUCAAAACAACCUGCCACCAAACCUGGCCAACCCACCGGUCCCCGUCGCUCCCCCAGCUGGUGCGCCUGCGCCAGUUUGCCCGCAGUCUGCGACUCAGUCUCCAGCCACACAAACGUCUGCUCAGCCUCCCGCUGCUGCUCCCCCAAUUCCAGUAACUCCAGUCGCUCAACCAGCCUCAAACGUUCCACCACCGUUUACCUAUCCGACUGCGAUUCCAACUGCUUCAGACGGUUCACAUUUUGGUCUUCCACCACCUUGUUUCCCUGCGAUGCCUGCUCCACCCAGACCCAUGGCUGUGCAAGCUAUUCCGGGACCUGGAAUGCCUCCUGGCACGACUCUACCGUGCCCAACAAUGCCACCUAUGCCAAUGAUGGGCCCUCCACCUAUUCCUGGGAUGCCUCCCAUGCCACAUCCUUUGUCGCAUUUCCGUCCGCCUAUGCCUUUCAUGCCACCCGUGAUCCCUGUUAACCCUUUCCCUCCGACCAUGAUGCAACCCAGAAUCGUCGACGACAUUUGGGUCGAAAAUCUUACAGCUGAGGGGAAGUCAUACUAUUACAACAUGCGAACUCGUGAGACCCGCUGGGAUAGACCUGAGGGAGUCACAGUUGUACGCCAAGGUGAAGUAGAAGGCACUAUAAAGCCGGCAACAACGUUGCAAAUGACUACAACAUCUGUUUCGACAAGUGUUGGCGCACCGUCUGUCUCUCCAGCUACUCUCACUAAGCCUCCUGAGGUCGCAGUCUGGACUGAGUAUCAUAAUCAGGAUGGCAAAGCCUACUAUCACAAUAUGAAAACAGGGGAGACAACUUGGGAAAAACCAAAGGUGUUGAUUGAUUGGGAAAAGCAACAGUCAGAGCCGAGUAAUCAAAAGGUACCAGAACAACCAAGCCCCUCUACAACGACGAAGGUAGCUGCUACACCAACUACCGUCGCUAUUCCUGUGGCUGAAAUUAAAAAGACGGCUGUACCUGAAACGAAUGAAAAUCCUAAACCUGCAGAAACUUUGAAAUCUGAUGCGAUUGAAAACGGAGUCGUGGAGUCAAGUGAACAGGAGUCUAAAGCGGACUCAGGCAAAACCCCAAAGGAUAGUAGCCGACCGGUAUCUAGCACGGCCGUCCAUGGAACUCCAUGGUGUGUUGUGUGGACUGGUGAUGGUCGUGCGUUUUUCUUCAACCCGAGUCAGCGGCUCUCUGUUUGGGAGAAACCUGAUGAACUCAAAGGCCGAACAGAUGUUGAUCGUUUACUGGAAAAACAACCAAAUACAUCUUUGUCAGGGAACACUGCCUCACCUCAAGCAAACCCUACGGGUAAUGACAAUGAAUCUGAAGCAGUCGAUGGCGACCCUGUCCCUAAAAGACCGCGCCUGUAAGCCUCGUUUGUAUUCAAUAAUUUCAAUUAAUAAGAUAGUAUUUUGAAAAAAAACGAUGGGUUUUGCGAAAACAGUAACAACUAGUGGUUGGGUUCGCGAAAGCCAUACGUAUCAAUUGUUUCAUUUAUCUGGUUUAGUCGUGUAAAGGAUACGGACAUGUAGAUAGUAUUUGUAAUUUUACGUUGUCGUAUGAUCUUAAGCUAGGGAAAUAUCGUGGUUCACUAGUGUGGGAAAGUAAAAAUAUGUCGAGGGAUUUAGAUUUCUUGCCACUUAGUUCCGUUGACGUGUUUCACAAAACUGUUUUUUCUCCCAGUGAAAAUGACGAAAUUAAUGGUCCUGCAAAUGAAGUAGAAGCACCUACAGCUGUUGAACAAACAGAUGAGAACGAUGCAGAUAAGUUAGGCAGUUCGCUGGAUAAGAUCCCCAUUGGACUAGAAGCUGCCAAAGAAGCCGAAGAAAGGGCCGCCAGAAGCUGUACAACCGCUGGAAGUUCGUGUACGACGGUUCAGGGAGAUGCUGGUCGAAAUGCAGGUUUCGGCUUUCUCCACCUGGGAGAAAGAGCUGCACAAGAUCGUGUUUGACCCACGGUACCUGUUGCUUGCAAGUAAAGAAAGGAAGCAGACAUUCGAAGCCUACGUCAAAGAGCGUGCAGAAGAAGAACGACGUGAGAAAAAGAGCAAGCUUAAAGAAAAAAAAGAGAAGUUCAUCGAACUUAUGGAUGAGGCUGGGCUAAAUUCGAAGUAAGUUCUUAAAAAACCCAAUGUUAUUGCAAAUCAUGAUCUCUAGUUAAAGUCAAAAAGCCACUUGUUAUUUUUGCCCUUAAAGUACAUUAGUGUUUUCGUGUACGUGUUGGAUAACUGGUUUGUCCCAGUUCUGAAACGACUGAUGUAUAUUGAUUUUUGCGACGUAAUGACACCACUGACCCACUAUGGUAAAAAAAUGUGAUCGCAAACAGAUUGCAGUUAAUAUCAUCCCUUCAAACUUAAGUGUCCAGCGGCUAAUAUUGUAUCAUGUCUGUGUUACAUUCAGCACUGUGAGAAAAUGUGUAUAUUUUCUACGUCACCUGUAGUCAGAGUAACUGUAUAAUCGAUAAUAACGAUGAUGUUAAUAAUAAUGCACGGUUUUCAUAAUUGUAUUUUAUGCUUUUUAGAUCGUCGUUUGGAGAUUUUACUUCAAAGUUUUCAAAGGACGAUCGCUUUAAAGCAAUCGAGAAAUCCCGUGAUCGUGAAGCCAUGUUUCAAGAUUACUUAGUAGAAUUGAGGAAACGUGAAAAAGAGGACAAGCAUCGUGAAAAAGAAAAGGUAGGUUUAUUAUGUAUUACCAUGAACUGAGUGCCUCAAUUAAAUUAAUUUUAAGAGAGUCCGAGUUACUCACCUAAUUUUUAACCAUGCACUCAAGGCAACCCUUGACAUGAAGCAAUUCUCGAUUGUACAUAAAUUGAAGUUUGUUAGUAUUGUAGAUUCAAUUUGGAAGGUUGUAAUCGCACGAAAAUGCUGAUACAUAAAACUUAAAUAAGUUCCUGCAGUUAUCUCGAUAUCAAACAGUGUAGUAAUGAAAGUUAUUAAGAUAGCUGCGUUAGCAUCUGGAACAUAUACAGAUCGCAUUAAGUCCCAACCAUCGCAUUUCCUACAUACUGCAUACUUCCGGUGAGACAUAUUUCUAACGAUUUAAUUAAUUGCUUUUUGUUCUUUGAAAGUGUAAUUUACGCGAUAAUUUACAGUUUUAAAUUUCAAAUCACAAUCUAUGCUCAUUUUGAUGUGUGACUGCGUAUUGGUAUGUGACUUUGUUUUCCAAAUUUUAGUGAGCGUGUAAGGUUUGGUACAUUUCAGAUUAACGUUUUCAAACAUCAUAUUAGCAUACAACAAAUAAACUAGGCGAACUACCUUUCGGAAUCCGGAUUGUUUGUGAUAUAACAGCUCUAGUGUGCUACUGUUUUCAGAAGUCAACACGUACUAAAUCGGCUUGUUCAUUGCAAAUUUCUUUGGACAUAUUGACGCUGAAAAAUUGCAUAAUAUGCAGAUUACUUAACGGGAUUGUUAACAAGUUUUACAUUGAAACUAAUAAAGUUAAUAAUUUGAUUUUCACAAAGUAUUUGUUUUUUCUCUGGUAUGUCUACUUUUUUAAUUUGUCAAUUUACAUUCAAGACUCCACUAGUUACUUCAUUUAACGUCUUGUGUAUUCGUUUGCUCAACAUUGUGAAGUAAUCAAACCCCAACUACACUGAAAUGUUCACUCUUUGUGCACAUCUAAUUUUGGAUCAGCAAUUACUCCUCUGAUCUAUACAUGUGUAGGAAUGUAUCAGUAUUUGCUCCUCCAUUCUUGUUUCAUCUUUUCUAUUGUCGACACCUCGUCCAAAAUGUGUGAUGGACACAUUUUUCUCUGUUGUGGUUCAGUCAAUAUCAAAUUUUAAAGCUAUGAAUAAAUACUCGGGUUAAACAGUCAGACAAUUGUUAGCAUGUACAUUAUUGAAACAGGAGGACAUUUGAAUAUUAGUAAGUUGCGCUAAUAUGUAUUCCAAAUAUCUCGGGUCAUUUGCUAAAAAAGUGUGUACAAAGUAUCGUCACAAAAUAAGACGCUAAUUACGUAUGGAAAAUUAUUUAAGAAAUUUUAGGUAUGAAGGUUCCUAUUUUUUUUCAGUAGUAACUAAUUACAAUUUUUCCUCAUCACAUCAAUGGGCAUGUUUAAAUUAUUCUCCUGCAUAUAGUUUGGCAUAUUUGUUCACCCUUUAGAUCUAAAACAAAUGAUUUCUGAAGCUUAAAAUCUUUUGUUGACCGUGUAAUUAAUGUUAUUGAAGAAGUUAAACGUUUCAAAACAUGACACCAUUAGUACGCCACUUACUAAAUAACGUGAAACGGUCCCGUUGAAAAGCCCUUAAUGUUUUUUAUAAUUUCUUUUUUAAUUAGAAUUGUGAUCAAGAGUGAUCAAUUAGUACAAGAAAAGUGCUAUCUUUAGGCAUCUUUAAAGUUAAUGACAAGCUUCGUAGUUUUUUCACGAUUGUAGCUGGACAUAAUUUGGUCAUUCUGGACAAAGAAGGGCAUAUGAGUUGGUCAUUCGCACCGUUUAGUGUAAAAAAACCCAGUGAAAUCUUUGAAAACAAAUCAUUAAUGUUGGUAUGAGAUUUUUUCACAUAAAGCUAUGAAAACAGUCAUGUUUUUCAUUAAAUUUCUUGAAUAAUAGAUAGUUGUCUUAUCACAAAGUAAGUUUUCUGUGAUGAAUAGUUUACAGAUACUUUCUCCACUAAACUGCAUUAUUCAACAGUAUUGAUACAAAUUACCAAUUUGAUAAGUUGUCUACGCACGUUUAAUGAUCUGAAGUAAGAAAAAGUUAAACAAUUUGCACAAAAUGCACACAAUAGUUAAAAAUGCAAUCACAUUUACUUGGAUGCUAUUAUAAUUUGGUAAGCCUAUGUAGAGCGUUCGCGCGUUUAAUCAGAUAUAUGUUCCGCUCAAAAAUUAUAAUUUAUCGAAGUGUUUUGUUGAAUAGAGGUGGAAAUUAACGUGUCACUAUCCGAACAUCGUAUACAUCUCAGUAAAGUUAUAAAUUGGGGCAAAGAGAUUUAAUACUUCACAAUAAUAUAGGACGUAAUUUUCAUUUCUUGUUAAAAUUAUGAUCCCUGGAACUACUGGGAUAUGUAUAUCACUCUAAUGUCAUAACAAAUUUCAGGAUUUGGGCUAAAAGUAAUGUAAAAUGAGUAGUAACUCGUUUGGAAAUUCGUAUUGGCUCAUUCAACAGAUUGGAGAUAAUUAUAGAAGUAAAUCGACUUGAAUUUGUCAGGUAUAUGGUUAUACAGUUGAUUUUGGCAGUCGUUCGCCUUAUUGUUUCUAACAUCAGCUAAAAUUGUAAGUAAUAUAACAUGAACCAAAACAAUUUUUUGGGUUUUCAUUAUAACAGCUCUAAGUUGUUCCGGGUUAUAAACUUCCGGAUUUCAAGGGUAACAAUUUUUUAAAUCCAGUAAUUAACCAGUUUGAGUGUUGUGAAUUUAUUCGAAUUUUCUGAAUGAAUACGUUUAAAAUAAUCUGUAGUUUCUGAUCGCAUGCUGUAGUGCUGUAAUUCUAAGUAACUUGUAAAUUUUUCAGUCUGUUUAAUGUUCAAACUUUUAUGCUGGUUUGUUUCUGUUGUAGUGGGAAAUACUUACGAAAUCUUAAAAUGUCCACAUUACACAAAUAUCGUUCUCCACGUCGUUGUUAAUAGUAAAUUAUAUUUAAUUUAGGUUGCAUUUAUGGCACAUUUUAAUUCAUAAACCCCGAUCUGUACUUAUUAGGUUCUUUAAAUCUAUGAAAUUCGCUUUCAAGAGGAAUCGGAAUGCCACAUUGAUGAGAUGGGUUCCUAACACACCAGUGUAACUUCUGAUAUCAAUUCUCUCAGGUUUGUUACGUCUUAGUUUUUGGCGGACUCAUUGUACGAAUUACUUUAUUAAGCGUGCACUUGUACGUAUGUAUGCUUAUUUUCGUCUGCAUGCCCAUUGUAGGACAAUACAUUAGAUCUUACCUAAAUCACUACAUAGAAACAGUUUUUUUAACGCGAUUUCCAUCGUCUAUACACAAGGUUUUUUUUAUUGGAAAUCACAAAUCUAUAGUGAGGGGAUAGAUUCCUAAUUCAGAAUCGUCACUGGGUUUCGUAAACUUCAAAGUUGAAAGACUGAUACUACAAAUCGUUUAUACAUUAAUGAGCUCUAAAUCCAGAUAAAUGCAAAUCCUUGGUUUCCAGGUGCUUUUUUAAAAUCUCGUUUUUAUUAUUAUUAUUAUCAUUUUUAUAUCUUUGAUCACAAAUUGAUAUUCGUAAGUUUUAAUAAAAUCGCAUUUUGUCUAUAACGUCAUCCGUUCUGUUUGCUACAUCAGAGUAAAAUUUUACUGUGUCCAUAGAGUUAUUUCAUGCUUUUUAUAUUAAACAUUUACGUGCGAGACUGAUUUUAUGCAAAAUCUAACGCAUGGUUUGUUACAAUUAGCCAAUCUUAAAACUCAACUUGGAUCACAGUAUAUUCUAAACAGCUUUUUUGGUUCCAUUUAGUUGAUUGAUUUCUUCCAUGAUGAAAUGAGACGAAAUCAAGUAACUAUUUUGCACAAUUCUACUCAACUGGUGGUAAAAACCUAACAUCAGCAUUUCUAAUUUUCAAUUCCUAUAAUCUAAUUGAAUAUGUAGAUUUGUGAAGUAAUUCCAACGCAGUGUAAUUUCUACCUGUGGACCAGAUACCACACAUUCUGUCUCAGUCAAAAAUCAAGCGUGUCUUAAGAUCUACCAACAGCAGCAGGCUUUCAGUUUUCGCAUCGUUUGAAGUGCCACUCAAUUUGAUCUUAACAAUAAGUAACUUCGCAAAUUCGGUUUCGCUACUCAAGACAUUCAACCAAGAGUUAGAAUUAUUAAUUUACAGUCAAACAAUAUUUAUUUUCAAUAACUCAAGUACUUUAUUCCUGGUUUAUGCUUAUGCUGAGCGGAUCUAGCGUGCUCACAUCACUUAAUAUUUUUCUGCGCAAAAUUUUUGUUCAAAUGCAGUUAUAUAAGGAAUACGGGUUACUAAAAAUCGGCCAUGUAACAUAGUACUUCCAUACACACCCAGUUGUCAUUACCACAUUAUGAUCUAAGCAUUAUGUUUUCUUCCAUGUAGGUCAAAAUUGACUUCUUCAAUCUGUUGAAAGAACAAAAAAGUAUCAAUCGAUACACUCAUUGGACUGAUGUCAAACGCAAGUUGGAUACUGAUCCUCGAUAUAAAGCUGUAGAUUCUUCUUCGAAAAGGGAGGAUUGGUUCCGAGAAUUUAUUCGUAAACUUGAUGAUGUCCCCGUUGUUCGAGAAGAUAGUUAUACAAGGAAAGAACGAGAAAAAAAGGAACGUCAAGAAGCAUCCCUUAGAGAACGUGAGAAGGAAGUGAAAGAGGCAUUAUCGUCUUCGUUGAGGGAAAGAGACAAAGAAAGAGAACAACAUUUGCGCAAUGAACAAGAAACGAACUUUCAUUCAAUGCUGCAGGAUAUGAUUCGUGAUCCUAGUCUGUCAUGGAAAGAAGCCAAGAAAUUGCUUCGUAAAGAUCCUAGAUGGGAGGCUGUUAGUGAUGUGUUCGAACGAUCUGAACGUGAAGAGAUGUUCAAAGAACACAUCAAUGGAUUGUCUAAAAAAUCUCGCGAAAUAUUUUAUCGACUAUUGAACGAAAUCGAAGGAAUUUCUUUUGAUCUGUCAUGGAAAGAAGCAAAGAAAAUAAUAAAUACUGAUCCUCGUUUUGAAAAGAUUCCCAGUGAUAGAAAGAAAGAAUCCGAAUAUUUAUUAUGGGUAGAUAUGAAAAAAAGUCAGGCGAAAGAAGCCUUUAAGGAACUACUAAGGGAGACAAAAAUAAUUAACACACGAACCAAAACAACUCUUGAAGAGAAUGAAAAUCACAUUUCAGAUAUUAUGGAGGCUCUUGAGAAAGAUAAAAGAUUUAUCGCCUUGGAUGCUUUCGAGGAUGAACGUAAUGCUUUGAUCGAAGAUUAUAUUGAUAGUCUAGACAAAAGACGCACUCCAACUCCAUUGUCGAUGUCAGCAAAAGAUUCCAAUCGUCGGUAGUAUCACAAUAAGAUCAAUUUUUUUCUGCAUUUUCAUUUUGAUUCCAUCAGUGACUGCAUGUUCUUAUUCUUCAUACAAAACUAGUUUUCUCAUCACACUACUGGAAUUUGUUAACAAAAUGUUGUGUUGGUUGUAAUAUUGAUACUGUUAAAUAAACUUGUUCAUUCUAUGCAUUUUUUUGAUUCUCAAGGAGUGGAGAAAAACUUGUUUGAAUUUACUUUCUUCAUUUUGCCUAUUUAUAAUCGUGUUCGUUUUAUGAAAUAAUGCUACAUGCAUUUCGUCCCGUUAUUAGGUAUUAUAGUUCGAAACAUGCAUUUCGUGAUUCAUAUAAUAUUAUACUGUACUGCUUAUUUAAUUCAGUUCAAUAGAUUUUCGAAAUUUGACGCAUCAUAGGAGAUUUUUUCAGGUAAUGUUAACACAAUGCAUACAUAAGCGCUAUUUUCAUUGGAAG